AUGGAAAGCAUGACAUUUCAGCUGCUGGGAUUUUUCUUGAGUCUUCUUGGCUUAGUUGGAACCAUCACUGCGACCAUCCUGCCUCACUGGUGGAACAGUGCUCAUGUGGGAACCAAUAUCAUCACAGCUGUGGCAUACCUGAAGGGCCUCUGGAUGGAAUGCGUUUGGCACAGUACUGGGAUCUCCCAAUGUCAGUUCCACUAUUCACCGCUCGCUUUGCCUCGUGACCUUCAAGUAGCCCGGGCCAUGAUGGUGAUAUCUUGCCUUCUUUCAACUCUGGCCUGUGUAAUUGCUGUUAUUGGCAUGAAGUGUACCCAAUGUGCCAAAGGGUCCUCCACCAAAAAUAUCUUUGCUGUCCUAGGUGGAAUCCUGUUCAUACUGGCUGGAAUUGUGUGUCUCAUCCCUGUUUCUUGGACAACAAAUGAUGUGGUGACUAAUUUCUACAACCCAAUGUUGCCCAAUGGGAUGAAAUACGAGAUCGGGCAUGCGCUUUACGUUGGCUUUGUGUGCGCUUCACUGAGUAUAAUUGGUGGAACAAUCUUGUGUGCUUCAUGUCAGCAUGUGGAGAAUGGCAUACAUUCCCAACAACAAUCAAGAAGUACAAGAUUAGCUCCAUCCUCCAGACCACCAAUGGCUUACAAGUCAAAUCACAGUCCUUCGCAAGCAUCUGCUUCUUACAAUGGUUACAGGUUAAAUGACUAUAGACAGGCUGCUGAGCACAGGACUUCCAGACUGUGGAACCGUGUAAGAAGGCACAUUUGGUGCAACAAGACCCAGAUGUGUUGCUAUUCUAGCAGUGAUCAUUCAAAGAAGUCUCAUACUAAGUAUUUUGAUCAUGUAAAUGGAAAAUCUAUUGUUUGUACUUCAUUGUAUACUUACAGGAUAUUUGGACGUGUGUAUGUGUGUGUCUGAUUCUAAGAUAUGUAGACAAAGAAAGCAAAGAUGUGUAAUAGUUGUUUUUUGUAUUGGUUUCCUAUAUGUCAUGCAAUGUUAGGCAUUUGUAUAACGACAAUGCAACAUUAUAGUUAUACAAAAUUCAUUAUUUAAGGAAUAAAACUGUUUCUUAUCUACAGGUUCAUAUGCUAGAAAUCCUAUACCUACUAUUACAUAUUUCAGAUGUUGUUGAAAUAGGUUAUUAGCAUGAAUGAUGAUGAAAAGGUAAUGUUAUAUUUGCUUUUCUCCUUCUAAAGGAAUACACCUACAAACUCUAGUUCUCCAGAAUAAACUGUUGUGAAACACUAUAAAACAGUGACGUCAAGUGGCCAAAUCAUGUAUGACACUAUGCUGCUGGUAUACAGCAUCUGAAUUUUUUUUAAAAAGAAUUUAAGCUAGGCUAACACUACACAUUUCCUAUAAUUUUGACAACAAAUAUUAUUUACACCCACCCACCAUGCAAGCAGAAGGGCUGUAUUCUAUUAAUAUUCUAAGGCAAUUUUCAUUUCCACAUGGCAGUUUAAAUAGCUAAAAUGAUUUCUAGUGAAAUUCAUAUUGGGAAUGAGCCUGAUAAAAUAAUAUGAAUUGAUUUAAAUUAUCAAAACUCACCAAUUUAAAUGUUAAUGAAGUAUAAUUCAGUAAAGUAUUACUUUUGCUUCAUUUUUAUAGCUUAGGAAAUAUUAACCUAAUUAGAGCUACUUAAUUUGGGUAACCCCUUAAUGCAUUUAUUUUAAUAUUUAACAUGAAAGUGUAUUUUCAGAAUUCCUUUUGUUUCCUCUAUAAUUUUGAAGCUGUUCUAGAGGAUUGAAGGAGGGAUGAUUCUUUCGAGAUAGCAUGGAGAUCUCAGAAAGAAGAAAAACUGAUAAAAAUUAUUAUCUUCUUUUCGUACUGAUCCAGACACGAUCCAGAGUUAGCUUAAGUAUAAAAUAAGACAAUUACAUUAAAAAGUGUUUUUUUUAAAAAACAACAACAUUCAAUUCAUCGUAGAUUCAGUAGAAAUCUAAACAAAAUGGUAUUACUACAAAGCUUCAGGUCUAAGAUUUUUAUCCACACCUGUACUCC